CCGCACCGUCAAUCAAAAUAGAAAAAAAUCGACCCGAAUUCACCGAUCAACACUAGCCCGCCUUUGAUAAAAUAAUCAUGUUCGGAGUUCAGUUGAUCCGAUAAUCUUCCCGAUUACUACCAAUCACGCUAUGACUGGUACGUAAACAUUUAGGGCAUCGAAGCGCGCGACUACUCGCGCCAGAGCAGCCUCUGAAACAAGGAGAAAUGGCGUCCGCGGACGUGGACAGCAGUCAAAGCGAGUUUCUGCAAGCCGGCGGCGCCGCGGAGACACAGACGACAGACAUGUCGGCCAUUCAGCUGACGGGCACGGACCGCUGGGAGGUGUUAACUCCAGUCUCCACCGGGAAGGAGGACCAAGGAGUCGUUCACAUUCCAAACUCGGGGAUUGUCACGUCCAAUGGGCAGUACGUGCUCCCCAUCGGGAACCUUCCCAGCCAGCCCAUCUACGUUACAGCGUCUGGGACUGAGGCUGCAGCCAAUGGAGUGUCAGGCAUUCAGUAUCAGGUCAUCCCCCAAAUCCAAAAUGCAGACGGGACAAUUGCAGGAUUCUCAACACAGGGACUGGACGACGGCUCGGGGCAGAUCCAGCUCCUCCAGGACGGCAGCCAGGGAACGAUCGGGAUCAGCGGCGCUUCGACGACGACCACGGACCUCCUCACGCAGGCGGGGCAGGUCCAGUCCAUCCAGGGCGUGUCGCUGGCCGGCGGCUCGGCGUACACCGGGACCGUGGGCCUGCCGGGGAACAUAACCUUCGUCCCAAUAAACCUGGAGUCGUUAGGCCUCACCGGCGCUCAGACGGUACCCAUCGCGACGGGCGUGACGCCCGAGGGCCAGCUGAUCAUGGGCGGCCAGGCGCUGGAGAGCCAGGGCCAGGACGGCGGUGCCAAGCAGUCGCUGGUCACAGUGAGCGACCCCAACGCCAACCAGGAGCUCUACGUGCCAACCACCACUACUUCCUCAUCCGACUCCUCACAGCUGCCCGAGACCAUCGACGGCACCGGCGUUCUCACCCAGGCCACCGCCGUGUCCGCAGGCGUCUCCGACCCCUCGUCGUCGGAAAACUACAACUCCCACAAUCACCUGCAGCAGAUCCAGGUGUCGGCCUCCAACGCCACCACCAUCUCGCAGCCCAUCCUGCAGCUGUCGGGGGACGGCCAGGCCCAGGUGGCGCCGGGCCAGGACCUGAACGCAGCGGCGGGUCAGACCCUGCAGAGCGUGCAGCUGGUCAACCCGGGGACCUUCCUGAUCCAGGCGCAGACCGUCACGGCCACGGGGCAGAUCCAGUGGCAGACCUUCCAGGUUCAGGGUGUCCAGUCGCUCCAGGGGCUGCAGCUGCCCCAGGGCCAGGGCCAGGCGCAGCAGCUGACCCUGGCCCCCGUCCAGACGCUCCCCAUCGGCCAGACCGGCCAGGUCAGCCUCCCCAACCUGCAGACGGUCACGGUCAACUCCGUCACCCAGGCCGGAGUUCAUUACACGCAGGGAGACGACACAGGAAGCCCGUGUGGCAUUCAGAUCAAAGAGGAGCCCGACUCGGAGGAGUGGCAGCUGAGCGGCGACUCCACGCUCAACCCCAGCGACCUCAACAACCUGCGCGUCCAGAUCGGAGACGAGGACCUGGAGACGCCGAGCGGCGAGGGCAAGCGGCUCCGCAGAGUGGCGUGCACGUGCCCCAACUGCAAGGAGUCUGGAGGAAGGGGUUCGGGCAUGGGCAAGAAGAAGCAGCACAUCUGCCACAUCGUCGGCUGCGGGAAAGUGUACGGCAAGACGUCGCACCUGCGGGCUCACCUGCGCUGGCACAGCGGCGAGAGGCCCUUCGUCUGCAACUGGAUGUUCUGCGGGAAGAGGUUCACCCGGAGCGACGAGCUGCAGAGACACCGGAGGACACACACAGGCGAGAAGAAGUUCGUGUGCAUGGAGUGCUCCAAGAGGUUCAUGCGCAGCGACCACCUGGCCAAGCACAUAAAGACUCACCAGAACAAAAAGGGCGUGGUGGCCUCCUCCACGUCCCCGCCCACCACCGACACCGUCAUCACCGCCGACGGCACCACGCUCAUCCUGCAGACCACCACCACCCACGACCUCGUAGCCAAUCAGGAGAUCCCGCUGCAGCUGGUCACCGUGGCGCCCGGCGAGGUGAUGGAGUGAGCGCGCGCCGCUCCGAGAACUGGCCAAUCACAGGGACCUCUUGGGCUUUUCUCUUCCCCUCUCUUACCUUAUUAUUAUUUUUUUUUUAAUUUUGGUUUUUUGUUUUAUUUUUUACAUAUGAAUAUAUACGUAAAUAUAUAUGACAAAUAUAUAUAUUUUAAGUAAGAGUUAUCUUGACUUUACGUUUUGUUUUUUGCAGUCUUUUUAUAGGCGGGCAAAAUGAAAUAACAUUAAAAUGUGGUUGCUAUGUACACACUCGUAAAUAGACACGCACACACACACACACACGUACACACACACACACACACACCGACAUGCAUUAACAUCCACACGACAACACAAUGAAAUGCCUUAUUUUGUAUAAUACUCUUGUAUAAAAUGCUGGAGGUGCAUGUGUUUUUUAAGCUUUGCAGAAGGUGUAACUGUAAUGGAGAUAACUGUGUUUGUGAAUGGAGGAGGAGAUUUUUCUGGAAGGAAGCGGUCGAACCUCUCUGGGACAGUUCAGACGAAACGGAGCAGCGUUUUUCCUGUUUUGUUUUGUUUUGGUUUUUUUUUUCCCCCUCCCCUCUUCCGUCAGCGGCUCAGACUGGGAAGGAAAGGCCCCGGAGCUCGUCACAGGAACGAACGGGUUUGUCGUUAUUUUUUUUUUUUUUGGGAAUCAUGGCGGCUGCUCCCGUCUCCGUGCCGACGGUACGACUGCCGCCUCCUCAAACAGUUUCACCCGUCGCUGGCGCCGCACGCCGCCGUGGGCGGAGCCUCCAGACAAGCGGAUCUGAAGUCGAGGGGUGGGGGGGGAUAAAGAUGCAAGCUGCAACUUCUUCCAGCCUCCGAUCACUCUGAGCAGAAUGUCCCAUCUUGUCCUCACGAGCACGCCGUCCGCUGCUCGCCCACGUUUAAAAACUCAUGUCUUCUUCUCCUUUUAGCCUUGGUUUCUGUUUUUUUUUUUUUUUUGGUGUAAAUUCUGUUUUGUUUUUUUUUUUGUUCUUUGUCGAUCCGGGCGUCGUCUGAAUCAAAGCCACAUGACGGUAAUCGAGAAAAACGGAUGCAACAAAUCAGCGGCUCCCCUGGAGGAGGAGGAGGAGGAGGAGGAAGGCUUUUCUGUCAUUCAACAUUCCAGUUGGACUCCAGAUUAUGCGGGAUUCAUUUUUGCAAUAAGAACUGCUCUGUUGGUAAUUUUGGCCAGAUGGUCCCCCAAGAAACAGGAAAAAAAAAAAACAAUCAUGCCAUUGUGUGUUUUAAUUUGAAUCGUCGUCUAACCGCCCCCUCCUCGGUUC